AUGAGUUCUGAUAAGAUAAUUAUCAUCUCUGAUGCCGUGCUGACACCGGCCACAACCACCGCCAUGACCAGGACCACCGCCGCCUCUGUCUCCGCCAGCACCACCACCAGCCCAGGCACCUCCGCGGUCCCGAACCAGUCUGUCCGACCACCGACCAAGCGUCCGACGGUCCUGACAGCGGAGGGCUUGAAGGAGUUUAAGCGGCGGAGAGAAUUGGGGGAACCAUUUGUGCCACCUCAAAGUAGCGGUUCCCAUGCCGUUCCCAUCCCCACCGUCUCCGGACAGGAAACGCAACCGAGCCAGUUCCAACGACGUCUCGACCCGGCGCUCCCACCGCAACUCGGACCACCGCUCCCACCGCAACUCGGACCACCGAUCCCACCGCAACUCGGACCACCGAUCCCACCGCAACUCGGACCACCGCUCCCACCGCAACUCGGACCACCGCUCCCACUGCAACUCGGACCACCGCUCCCACUGCAACUCGGACCGCUGCUCCCACUGCAACUCGGACCACCGCUCCCACUGCAACUCGGGCCACCACCGCCUCAACCGCCGCUCGGGCCACAACCGUUUCCACCGCAACUCCCACCGCCGAUUUCACCGCUCCCACCGCCGAUUUCACCGCUCCCAUCGACGAUUUCACCGCUCCCACCGCCGAUUUCACCGCUCCCACCGCCGCUUCCACCGCAACACGGACCGUCGCUCCAUUAG